AUGGCGUCCAACUCUGCAACGGCUCUGCGCGCGGCCAAACGGCAGCUGCGCAAGUCGAUGGCGCACAAGCUGUCUCUCAUGCGCGCCGACGAGAUCGCUUCGCAGUCGCACAAGGUCGCCGAGCAGGUGCUGCGCUCGCAGACGUACGCACAGGCGCGCGCCAUCAGCGUCUACAUCCACAUGAACGUCGGCGAGGUGGUGACGGACCACAUCUGCAGGUCCAUCCUCAAAGACGGCAAGCGCCUCUACGUUCCGCUGUUUGCCUCGCCCGCUGCACCAGCUGUCGCGAGCGGGCCAACAGUGCCCGAGGCCCCCGCAGCGGCCAAGAGCGAGUUCGCCACGGAUAUGAUCAUGCUGCGGCUGCGUGACGUGGCCGAGUACGAGUCGAUGGCCGCGAACCGAUGGGGCAUUCGCGAACCACCACUCACGUACGAAGACGGCACCAUGCGCGAACAAGCUCUGGACGAAGCAUCAGGAGGAGACGGUCUCGACCUCAUCCUUGCACCUGGAGUCGCGUUCGACGAGACCGGAGGCCGACUUGGUCAUGGCAAGGGUUACUACGACCGCUACCUCGCACGCGCCGAUGAGUGGGCCGCCCGCAAGGGAAGACAUGGACCCGUCACGGUGGCGCUGGCGCUGCGCGAACAGGUCCUCCCACCAUCCGAGCGAGUUCCAGCCGAUGAGCGCGAUCGCAUCCUCGACGGCAUCAUCUCGCCAGAUACGUCGAUUCUGCCUCCGUCCUCACGAUGGCGUCCAUGA